AUGUCAACAACUGGUAAGGGAGGAAAAGCUAAAGGUAAAACCGCUUCAUCCAAGCAAGUCUCUAGAUCCGCUAGAGCUGGUUUACAAUUCCCCGUCGGUAGAAUUUCCAGAUUCUUGAAGCACGGUAGAUACUCUGAAAGAGUUGGUACUGGUGCUCCCGUCUACUUGGCUGCCGUCUUAGAAUACUUGGCUGCUGAAGUUCUUGAAUUGGCUGGUAACGCUGCUAAGGACAACAAGAAGACCAGAAUCGUCCCCAGACACAUUUUAUUGGCCAUCAGAAACGAUGAAGAAUUAAAUAAACUCAUGGCUAACACUACUAUUGCUGAUGGUGGUGUCUUACCCAACAUUAACCCCAUGCUCUUGCCCUCUAAGUCCAAGAAGACUGAAUCUAGAGGUCAAGCUUCUCAAGACCUUUGA